AUGACGGAGGUGAGCGUCGGGGAAGGUACUAGUGACUUGCCAACCCGGCGGUUUUCCCCUACGGCGAAGAAGGGAAUUAUCUCUGAUAAUCAUACAAAUGAUUUUUUUGUCCAAACAGAUGAGUUAGUGGUGUCCUCUGCCGUUCAGGUUGAGGAAUCUAUUAAUGAAACUUUGCAGUAUGAUACAGAAUCUAAUCCUGCAACCCCUAUACCAACGGUUGCGUUAUUUCGUCCUCAAAGAGUAGGUUCACCACCUCCUAUGAGCUCUGGAAUGAAGGAUGGUGUAUUGAAUAACAGCAUCGCCGAUAGCCUUGCCAGCUUUGUGAGUGAACUCUCCCGUACAAGACGGCGACGACGCCGUGAACAGUUAGCGCUCGAAAACCCAAUUGAAGGUGAAAGACAACGACAAGAGCUUGAAAAGGCUCUUCAAAAUCUUGAAGAAAUGCAGCGAGAAAAUAAGGAACGAAUGCGUCGGGUUGGAUCACAAGUAUUUAGCAGUAAAACACAAUCACCAAAUGGGAGAGGUUCCAGUAACACACAACGUGCACCUACAUUUUUUUGCCGAACUCAAUCAGUUGGUGGAAAGGUACACAUGGAUGCUCCCAAACAUACUACACUUGAGCGAGCCAUGACAUCUUUGGUAAUACCUGAGCCUGUUGUGGUAACUUCAGUACCUGGAUCACGACAACGAUAUAAGAAUUCAUCCAAUGAUAACAAGUCAUCCCCACCACGACGCUCACAAGUGAGUCCUCCACACGUAAAAAAAGGUGAGGCAUUCACAAAUAUGGAACAACGACCCAGUACAGCCUUCUCAAGUGCGAGAGAGAAAUCACAAUCAGCACAUUCCCCAAGACCAACUAUGCCAACAAAAACAGAGCCAAGUAGUGAGAAAAGGUCUCCUUCUUUGCGGGUGAGCGCAAUGUCGGUUUCAAAGGGUGUUGUGGAACCACGUAGUAGUUAUGAUAGAUGGCCCGUUUCAAAGUUUAUGAAUGGAGGAGGAGGAGGAGGAGGUGGUGGUGGAGGUGGAGGUGUAAGUGGAAGGGCAGAUCCUUCUGGUACCCACACGCAUACCAGUUCUUCAGUUAUGAUGGAGGAGGUUCACUUGUCGUCAAUGUCUCCUGAAGAUAAUAGAAACACAAAAGCAACACCAAAUAGCGGUAAAAGGUUAGGUAUAGGAAGACCCUUUGGUCGACCAGGUGGACGUUCUACGUCUCCUCCUAUUAUUAUUCUUACAGUGGACUCAAGGAAAAAUAUGGGAGAAGAAGAUGCGAGACGAUUGCUUAGUGCAGAACCAAUACGAAUGCAAGAUCACCAGGCACGACGUUUACUUCAAGGAUCUGAAGGUCGUCCUUCGGGGCCUGUGGUAGCUUCGAAAACCACAACGGGGAAGUCUCGUAUGCGAUCUCCCAUUUUGAGGGAUCAUCCCUCUACAUCAGGGGCUCCAAAUAGUAGUAAAGAAAGGGAAAAGAGAGUGGUAGAGACAGAAGCGAAAAAGAUCCGGCAACCAUCUGUAACUAAAAUUUCCCUCGCGAACUCUCCCGUUUCUCCUGCAGUUCCACCCACACCGACACCCAGCCGUACACCUCCUACACCUACUCCAGCAUCUGUUCCUGCGCCUGUAUUUGUAGCUCUUUCUAGUUCUGCUGCUCCUCUUACUACAACUACUACUACUACUGCUAACGCUACAACUACUACUGUUACUCUUGCUACUGCUGUUACUAGUAGUAGUAAUAGUAAUAAUACUGCUAGUGGUUCCAAAAAGAAGAAUGAUGAGGGACGCGUUGAAGUGAAUGGUACACGUGAAGCCUCAAAUAAUUCACCUUCACAAACAAAAUCACGUGGUACAACAGAUGUACAGCCCUUACCACAUGGGACAAAAAAGAAAAAGACAACCUCAACUGAUGCGAGUACAGUCAGUACAUCAACAAGUAAAUCACGAACAGGGAAGAGUAAUACACAUUCCUCUAAAGCAGCUGUAGUUGUUGUCUCUGGUAAUACUACUAGUAGUACUACUCCUGUUUCUGCUUCUGUCCAUGCUUCUGCAACUGAACGAAAGUCAAAGGGGCAGUUACAGCAAGAACGACGAAGUGGAACUCUUGAGCGUGAGAUGUCUAAUGUGUUCAGUGUAGGGGGAGCUUCACGACGUCGGAUAGGUGGAAAUACGACUACGACUACUUCUCGUACAGCGACUUCUCGCCGUGAGGAUUCAUCUUUGCCCCAUGAAAAAGACGGGCAUCGUGGCACUAAAAGUGCAUCUCCACCACACCCUUCGGAAGCGAGUCCUAAUGCUUCACAACGUCCUAACUGGCAGUAUCUUUCGUGGAGACGUAAAAGUCUUUCAGCACUUACACAUAUUAGUACCGUUGAUCGUGAUGCAUUUCGGCCUUUGGCAACAGAUCGCCCGGCAGUUGCUAGAACUCGUGUAGCAAAGCGUAUUCCUAUUAAUGAAGCAGUAACUACGAAACAACUCGUUCCAUUUUGCACAGAAUGUGGGAAACGACAUAUUGAUGAUAAGGUGAAGUUCUGCGCAUUCUGUGGUCACAAGCGUGAAACUGUUUAA